CUUCUUAUCCGCUCUGCUCUCUCCACCUCGCCUCCCCGAAACGAAAUGGCAGUGGCGUUCCACUGAACCAGGCCAAGCCAGACGGACAAGACUUCGCCGCAGCCGCGUCCUCCUCACCGCGCCGCCGUCGCAAUGGCUACGGCCAUCGCAGCCUCCGCGUUCCUCUCCUCCGCCUUCGCCAGGGACAGGCCGCUCCCCCGCCAGCGGCGCGCGGCGAGGCCCGCGACCCGCCGCGCCGCCGCGGGGGGCCUGUCGGUGCGGUGCGAGCAGAGCGAGAAGCAGAAGAGGCAGCCGCUCUCCGCGCUCGUCCCCCGCGAGCAGCGAUUCAUGUUCGAAGGCGACGAGCUCUGCGGCCCCGACAUAUGGAACACAACAUGGUACCCUAAGGCUGCAGAUCAUGUAACUACUGAGAAGACAUGGUAUGUUGUUGAUGCAACAGACAAGAUUCUAGGUAGGCUUGCAUCCACCAUUGCAGUACACAUCAGAGGAAAGAAUGAGGCCACAUACACUCCAAGUGUGGACAUGGGGGCUUUUGUUGUUGUGGUUAAUGCAGAGAAGGUUGCUGUUUCUGGCAAAAAGCGGUCACAGAAGCUCUACAGGAGGCACUCUGGACGGCCUGGUGGAAUGAAAGAAGAAACUUUUGAUCAGCUUCAGAAAAGGAUUCCGGAGAGAAUUAUUGAACAUGCAGUGCGUGGCAUGCUUCCUAAGGGCAGACUGGGAAGAAGACUGUUUACCCACCUCAAGGUGUACAAGGGAGCAGAACAUCCCCAUGAGGCUCAAAAACCUGUUCCACUGCCUAUCAAGGAUAAAAGAAUACAGAAGUCUGAGAAGUAGAUAAUUCCUGUGGAGACUAAGAAAGACACAACAAUCUCACGUAAAUUCCUCCCCUCGAGAUUUUGUCCAAUCUUUGGAAUGUGAUGCAUCUGUCUGUUUGGGGAAUGGAGUGUAAAAUUUUUUGUAAUUUACUUCCUCCAAAAGUUUGUGUUUCUAAGUCAUAGUUCUUGUUGAUUACAUAUCAUGUACCUAAUACCGUACGAUUUUAAGCAAUCCGAUAUUUCCAUAUCCAAUUGAGUAGUG